GGGGCGGGGCUAAGAGGCGAGUGGGAGAGCCGGCGAGGCACCUGGAAGGAAGGAGGGAGGGAAGGAAGGAGCGGUGCCCGUUCUCCCUCAGUUAGAGAUCCUCCGCGGGCGGAGAGGGCAGGUGGCUUUGUAGGCGAUGACCAUAGAGGAUCUUCCUGACCCUCCCAUAGAAGGAGAGUUAUUGACUACACGAUACCAGUAUUUUAUUCCUGGCUCUGAAGAUCCAGUUACCUAUUCCGUGUCUGCAGCACCAAUGCCUUCUGAAUGUGAAUUUUCCUUUUUUGACCCUAAUGAUCCAGCAUGCCAGGACAUUCUUUUCAAUCCUAAAACAUCUGUCUCAGAGCUAUUUGCCAUAUUAAGACAAUGGGUCCCUCAAGUUCAACAGAAUAUUGAUGUCAUUGGAAAGGAGAUCAUCAAGAGAGGCUGCAAUGUGAAUGACAGAGAUGGCUUGACUGAUAUGACAAUCUUGCAUUACACAUGCAAGUCAGGAGCUCAUGGCAUUGGAGAUGUAGAUACUGCUGCCAAAUUUGCCUCCCAACUCAUUGAAUUGGGUGCAGAUAUAAAUUUGAGGAGCCGUUGGACAAACAUGAAUGCUUUGCAUUAUGCUGCAUACUUUGAUGUUCCAGAACUCAUUUCAGUUAUUCUGAAAAAUGCAAAGCCAAAAGAUGUGGAUGCCACAUGCAGUGACUUUGAUUUUGGAACAGCCUUGCAUAUUGCUGCCUUCAAUUUGUGCACAGGAACAGUAAAAUGUUUGUUGGAACAUGGAGCCAACCCUGCCUUUCGGAAUGAUAAAGGACAGACACCAGCAGAUGUGGUUCCCGACCCAGUAGACAUGCCAUUGGAGAUGGCAGAUGCAGCAGCAAGUGCUAAAGAGAUCAAGCAGAUACUCUUAGAUGCAGUGCCUCUAUCUUGUGACAUUUCCAAGGCCAUGCUUCCUAAUUUUGAUAAUGUCACUGGCAAAGAUGUUCUAGGAUCACUUGGUUUAAAGCUCGGAGAUCGAGUUAUCAUUGCAGGACAGAAGGUUGGCACACUACGAUUUUGUGGCACAACUGAGUUUGCUAGUGGACAGUGGGCUGGCAUAGAAUUGGAUGAACCUGAAGGGAAAAACAAUGGAACUGUUGCAAAAGUGCAGUAUUUCAAGUGUGCACCAAAACAUGGAAUCUUUGCACCGCUCUCUAAAAUAAGUAAAACUUCAGAACGGAAAAAGAGCACAAGAAUUUCCUCCUCACGUCCUUUGCCUGUAGCAAAGUCCAAGAAAAUUGAUGUAACCCGUGUUUCUUCCAAAGUGAAUUCUGGCUUGUCUGCACUGAAAAAGGAGAGUACUUCUGAUUCUGCAUUUUUGGGCAAUGAAAGAGGAAUUAAAACUCUACCCAGUAAAGAAGCAACUUCCCUGGGAUCUAGCAGCAAUUCAUCUUCCACUACUUCGUUAGACAGCAAGAGAAAUUCUCCCAAGAAGUGGAACUCCUCAAGCAAUAAUAAGAAAGAAGGUUCAACAUCCCAUUCUGUUGCAUCCAAAAAUGUUGCUGGGGAAAAUUACACUCUCCCAUCUGCAAGGAGAAAUCCUUUUGAUGAGGGGGAAAUUCAGAUUGGAGACAGAGUGCUUGUGGUUGGACAGAGAACUGGAAUAGUUAGAUUCCAUGGAACAACUAAGUUUGCACCAGGCCUUUGGUGUGGAAUAGAAUUGGACAAGCCUCACGGCAAGAAUGAUGGCUCAGUUGCAGGAGUACAGUAUUUCAGCUGUCCCCCCAGAUAUGGCGUCUUUGCACCACCAUCCAGAGUACAGAGGCUAACAGGAUCAUUAGACUCCCUCACAGAUGUUUCAUCAAGUAAAAUGAACCACUCUUUGCCAGGUUUUAGACGAAGCUUCAGUACAACCUCUGCAUCUUCCCAAAAAGAGAUAACCAGGAGAAAUUCCUUUGCCAAAUCAAAAAAUCCAGUGCUGCGUCGCAGUUGGAGCAACACUACUACAACCAACACCGAGGGCCCUGUGAAGCUGCGUGAGGGCUCUCAGGUGCUUUUGACCAGCUCUAGUGAAAUGGGCACAAUUCGCUACAUUGGGCCGACCGACUUUGCCCCAGGGAUAUGGCUUGGCCUGGAACUGAGGAGUGCCAAGGGCAAGAACGAUGGCUCUGUGGGUGACAAGCGGUAUUUCUCUUGCAAGCCAAACCAUGGGGUCCUUGUGCGGCCAAGCAGAGUAACCUAUCGUGGGAUUAAUGGGAUGAAACUUGUGGAUGACAUCUGUUGAAGGAAAAAUGCUCUGGCCUAAGAUGAAGGGUGUCCAAAAUAAACCACACAGGGAACCCUGCCAUCUACCUGCAUGGCACUCUGUCUUAUCCAAAGUCCUAAAGCUGCACUUCUCUCACAUGUUCACAACACUAGCCAGAUUGGAGGUGUGUUAAUGACUCUGGAGGAAUGAAAUUGUAAUAGCUUCACCUACAGAGCAAGCCCUUGUGUGAGUGCAUCUCAUCUGAAAUAGUAUCUUGGAGAUGAGCUACCAUGUUAUUUUAAUCACAGACUCUUUUUCUACCUGGCUCCAUUUUGACAUGCUUUGCCACUUCACAAAUGAGCUUCCCAGCCCAGAUUCUAAUUAAGCUGUAAUAUGACUUGAGAUCACAGACGCUGUUAAACAAAGCAGUCGGAUUUGUCAACUUGUUAAAUUGUCUUUGCCUUCUGUAGGGAGAAAAAUAGCAAUAAGGAGGGAGGAAAGUGACAUUAUUUAGAGGUGAAGAGCCGAGAAACUGCUAGCUUGUUAGUCAGACCAAAGGCUCCCCCAAAGCACAAAUAACUAGUUGCUGAAGGUCUGGUGAGAAGAAUGCAUUAUUUUUAUGCUGUAUAUAUGAGCAGCCUAAAUAAAGGGUGAGGGUGCAGUGCAGAAAGCUAAUAAUAGAGCACAAACAUUUUUCAGGGUUAUAUUAGAAGCACUUUUUAAAUGGUAUGCAUGUAUAUAUCUCCCUCUCUGUGUGUGUGGAGGUGUUUAUUUUUAAUUUUUAAAAGCAGCAUGCCAGAAGCACUUUCAAGAAAAACCAUUGGAACAAAUACUAUGCACUUUUAUUUCUCUGUGGAGAUUUGUCCUGAUAUUUGGGGUAAAUGGUUUUGCUAGUUGAGUCUCAAGUUGUCAAAAGGUCUCUGCAACGUGCCUGAUCAGCAGCUGUAACGGUUGGCUACUAGGUCAUGUUAUGGUCAGGGAGAUUACCUUUGAAGACUGCAUAUGCCUGUGUAUCUCCUCCUCUGCUUUGGGGACACAUGUACCCUCCUGGCAUGGAAAGAGGAAGAGGAUUGCCUCUCCUCUUUAGCUUGUAGCAACAGAAGCCUUGCCAGCAUUCCCACUUUGGCCCAACAUGGCCCAAUCACAGCUGCCUUAUGGAAGGAAAUGUUUCCAGAAACUUAUGAAAGGUUGUAGCAGUGCUGCAUUUGUCAAUAUUCGUUCCUCCUCAAGGUGCGCAAGACUGUCCUAUGCCUCUGUAGUGAGCCAUGUGCCAAGCCAGCCACAGAGUAAGGUGGGAGUUCAGCCAUGUGGCAAUUGACCACUUGCCAGCAUGGGUUAAAAAUUAAAAUGGUCCCAUGCUUCGGUGCUUGUAUCCCAGUCAUUUAGUUCUAUGAUGCUCCUAUACAGUGUGCAAUAAGAAAUCUUUAUUACUGUAGUCACAACUUUAGAAGAAGCUACUUACAGCCUUGCUAUUUUUCUACAAUUACUACAGUGUUACUAGAGCAUGAUUUAUGGGUGUGUGUGCGUGUGCAUGUUGCAUUAAAAACAGCAUUUAAUACACCUGCUGGCUUCAUUUUAACAUGUUCCAUAAAUAGCAGUGAUAUGAAUUUAAAGCUUCAAGUCAUGAAAGAUAUAAUACAUUUGGUAUAUUUUUACUCUUACAUGUGUUCUGCUACUUUACAAUCCACAGAACUAACAAAUUGGCGUGAUCCUUCAAAGUGGAGGUAUAUUUUCAAAUUGCACUUAGCGGCAGAACAAAUUAAAAGAACAGUAGUCUCACUUUUAGAUGAAACCUGUAUAUUUAGAUAAAGCUGUAUAUUUAAAGAAGUAAUGGGACAAUUUUUCUUGCAUACAUUAAACAUGAAAAAGCGACAAAAUUCUCUUCUAGCUAAUGGUGUGUUUAACUAUGGGUGACAGCUGUAAAUGGUGAUUGUAAGUUUGUCUUUCAUUACAAGCCAUCUGAAAACUACUGAUGCGCAGAUGUACCUUGAUGCACUGAAUCUUACAAUGUCAAGCAUCUGAUUCCUUAGUGUUGAAUUUUUUAUCUUGUGAUAAGACUGCUUUUGACUAACUUUACUGGUGAUCAUUGCUUUUAAGAAAAUUGAAAUAUCACAGGGUAUCCUUUUUGAGUCACUUUUAAUGCAAACUUGAUUAUGUAUUUAGGAUCAAGAGCAGUAACGGUAAUAUACUAAAACAGAUGUUUUAAAUACAUUUUUAUGUGUAUACGAUAUUGAUGUACUCUGUAAACUUGUCAGUCUUGAACAUAAAUACGUUUAUGCACUCAUAA